AUGGCCGACGAGAAAGCCGCGCCGCCGUCCACGGUGGAAGCGGAGAAGCAUGUCGACCCCACCUUGGAGAAGCAUUCCCACGAUGCAGAUGAGGCCAUGCAGGCCAUUCAGGACCUGCAGGGCGAGGCGAUCGAGCUAGACGAGGCGACAAACAAGCGUCUUCUAAGGAGGAUCGACUGGCACAUGAUGCCCAUCAUGUGUGUCGUUUACGGCAUGAACUAUCUAGACAAAACCACACUCUCAUACGCCAGUGUGAUGGGAAUCAAGGAGGACCUGUCGUUGAAGCACGACCAGUAUCAGUGGCUGGCCAGUUUGUUCUACUUCGGGUAUUUGGCUUGGGAAUAUCCGACCAGCCGGCUGCUGCAGAUGCUUCCGCUAGGCAAAUAUUCCGCCGCGUGUAUUAUUAUCUGGGGCUCCAUUCUCUGCUGUUUCGCUGGCGUCACGAACUUCUCUGGCGGCGUUGCGAUCCGCUUCUUCCUCGGAGUCUUCGAGGCUUCUGUCACCCCAGGCUUCGCACUGUUAACCGCUCAGUGGUACACCAAAUCCGAACACAGCAGCCGGGUCAACAUCUGGUUCAGCUUCAACGGCUGGGGCCAGAUCUUCGGAGGUCUCGUAGCGUACGGGAUCGCGGUGGGAACCCGCAUCCACGGAUCGGCCAUCGACCCCUGGAAGAUCGUCUUCCUCGUCACCGGUUUCCUGACCGUCGCGCUGGGACUGAUCUUCCUCUGGGUUGUCCCUGACAGCCAGCUGAAUGCGCGGUGGCUCAAGAAGGAGGACCGGCUGCUGGCGAUUGCCCGCGUGCGAGUCAACCAGCAGGGUAUUGGGAAUAAGCAUUACAAGAAGUACCAGAUUGUGGAGACUCUUAUGGAUCCGAUGACUUGGGCUUUUUUCUUUUUCGCUAUCAUCGCUAAUAUUCCUAAUGGUGGUAUCACGAAUUUUUUUAAUCAACUGAUCACCAGUUUCGGUUAUACAGAAGAGCAAAGCUUACUCUACGGCACCCCGGGCGGCGCAGUCGAGAUCGUCGCCCUGCUACUCAGCGGAUACAUCGGGCAAUACACGGGCCAGCGCAUCCUGUGCAGCAUGGGCGGGCUGGUAGCCUCCAUCGUCGGCAUGGUCCUCAUCGUGGCUCUGCCCCUAAGCAACAACGUCGGCCGUCUCAUCGGCUACUACAUGACGCAAGCUAGCCCAACACCAUUCGUCGCCCUGCUCGCGCUCAUCUCCUCCAACGUCGCGGGAUACACCAAGAAAACCACAGUAGCAGCUUUAUACCUGAUCGGAUACUGCGCGGGCAAUAUCAUUGGUCCCCAAGCUUUCCGCCCCGAAGACGCCCCCCGCUACGUGCCCGCCGAAAUCACCCUCAUCGUCUGCUGGGGCGUCUGCCUGAUGAUCAUGGCCUUCAUCUGGUGGUGGUAUGACCGCGAGAACAAGAAGAAGGCGCUGAAGCGAGCUGCGCCGGACUAUGUCCGCAUGGAGAACCAGGAGUGGUUGGAUCUGACGGAUAGGGAGAAUCAUGAGUUUGUGUAUUCUUUGUAG